UUUUAUUAUUAUCAUUUUUUCUCCCUGCAAUGUAGUGAUAGAUCCCAAGCUCACUGUUUUGGAAACAAACAUCGAUUAUAAAUUAAGCAAACUCGUGUAUUUUUGGGAGGCAUUUGUCUGGUUCUGUUGUGGAAGUCAAAAAAGCCUUGAUUAAUCUCAAUAUACAUGACCCUGUCAAAAUUGUAGCAGGAAAAAGACACUGCAUUCAUUUACACGGAUACCGAUUGGUUGCUCCGAAAAAAUGAUGGAACCUCCGCCAUUCGAAGAGGCCUUGCGAUGUGAUGUCUGCAAAUGCAGUUUUAAUGCUUUCAGGCGUCGUGUAUGAUCUCCUUGCCCCUCAUCAUUGCCGUUGCUGUGGGAGGACUUUGUGUAAUGAGCAUUCAUCAAAGCAAAUUCCACUGCCACAGUUUGGAAUACAUUCUGCUGUUAGAGUAUGCAACGACUGUUUCAACAAUUCUACACACUCAUCAAAUGUAAAUACAGAGACUGUUUCCAAUGACAUUGAUGUUGUGGCCUCAAGCGACAUUGGUGCAGCAGCAUUCAAUGACAGUGAUACUGCUGUAACUAACUUUUCUAGAUUGGACUUGAAUGAGGAUAAUGUUAAAGACUCCAAAUCCCAGAAUAUUUCUCAGUCCGUUGAAUGCAAAUGUGGUAUGCCAUUAUGCAUAUGUCAAGCUCCAUCUCUUCCUCAGGUACAGCCAGUAGUGCCCCCAACAUCUAAUUAUCAGCGUCCCAAAAAGCUUUCAAAUAUCCAACAGGGUUCAUCUAAUGCUAGCUCAAAGUCAUCUGCAAGCUCUUCUGGAAGCAGUAAAUCAAGUGUAUUUUUCAAUAGUGGGCAAAUGACCAAUGGAACCAUGGAAACAAAUUCCAAAGAUUAUGAAACCAGUGGAGAGGGUUUGCGGGAGGCUAUCAAGAAUGGUGAUGUAUCUGCUGUAAAAGAGCUUCUAAUGCAGGGUGUGGAUGCUAACUAUUGUGACAAGCAGGGAAUGUCUCUAUUACAUUUGGCUACAGUUUUUAAUCACACAGAAAUCACAUUUAUUCUUAUGAAUGCCGGAGCUAAUGUAGAUGCAAAGAAUGCUCAAGGAGAAACUCCACUUGAUUGUGCACAGACUAUGCUACAAUAUAAAAUGCAUCAGAAAAUGCAAGAAGCUGGUCAUAGGUAGUGACCAGUUCAUGGCUCUUUCUGUAUAACCAGCUUAAAUGCUUUCUAAGCAUACAGCAGUUUUGCUCUUCUGUAAAUGUUUUAUUGUUACCCGUGUGUAAUAUAUAGUUCCAUUGGUUUACAAUUCGGAAGAGCUUACAAAAUUAAGAUGAUUGCCACUUGUACAUGACUAAUGUAACAAAUUACUUGCAACUUACACAUCUAGGUGAAAACUGUCCAUCCUGAUCUUAAAGUUGCAAUUCCUAAACUUCAAGUGGCGCUGAAAGGUCAGGCUCUGAGUUAGGUUUGUUCAUGAAAGAUUCAUAUAACUGCAGAUAAUCCACAGUAAUUGGAAGUUGAGGCAUGAGAGUUGGAUAUUAUAGAAUCAUAGAUUAUUGUGUAUGUUUGGUUUGUGGUUGAUAUGCAGAUUUUUGGGUGAAACACUUUUCGGGUCUAUGUUCCAUUUGAUUGGGUUUUGUUAUCAUGUACAUCUCAUCUAUUAGGUGGGCUAUAUGUGGAGAAUAAAUACUUUAGGUGGGCUAUAUGUGGAGAAUAAAUACUUUUUCACUUAUUUAGAGACAUGAUGUGGAACUUCAGUUUAAUUUAUAUUAUAUUCUCGUGUAAGUUUCUGAGA